CUCGGCUCCAGCCCCGCCACAUUGAGUACACUCGGGAGUACAAAUGUGCGCUGGCGCCGCGGACCCCGACUAGGUUUUUCUGGAGCAUACUGGAAGGACUUGAGCUAUGACGACGCUUGAAUGUGAUCCAGCCUUCGGUUGCUGAGGAUUAGAAACAAUAGAAGCAGAUUUCUCCUGAAAGGGAACACUUGAGCCUGCCCCAGUUUGACAGAGCCACCGUGUGGGAAUGGCAGCUCCCCGGCCGAUUAAAGGCAUCCUCAAAAACAAAAACUGCGCGGCAAGUGUCAAACCUCUCCCCGAUGACGUUCAAGGGGAGAAUCCGGAGCAGAUUCCCGGACUGUCGGAGGAUGACCAGCAGAAGAAAUCCCAGAAGUGGGAUGAGAUGAACAUCUUGGCCACGUACCAUCCAGCAGACAAAGACUACGGCAUGAUGAAGAUUGAUGAGCCCAGCACCCCCUACAACAGAAUGGUUGGUGAUGAGGAUGAUGAAGGAGCACUCAGUGAUUCAGAUGCCAACGCGCUCCCAGCAGACGACCUGGCUUCAAAACUGAUGGCUGCUGAGGGCUCAGAUCCUCGUUUUAUGAAAGAAGAUGAUGAAGAGGAUAGCAGCGAGGAAGAGGAGGAGGAACUUACUCCUGAAGAACAAGCCAAAAAGAAGCAUUUCCAAAUGAUGAGGAAGAUGCACUACAACGAGGGACUCAACAUCAAACUGGCCCGACAGCUCAUCGCCAGCGAGCUCCAAGAAGAGGAAGAGGAGGAGGAGGAAGAUGAUGACGUAGAUGAAGAGAUGAGGGAAGACAUGGAGGAGUCGGAGGAGAUCAGCGUUGACCUGCCACAAGAAGGUGAAUCCCUGGACUCGUAGAUGAAGCCUGUCAGACCCAAGCAGACGAUGGCGAUUUCACUGUUGAGACAAAUUGCAGACUCCGCUUCACCGCCCUCAGAACAAAUCUACCACAAUACCAGAGUCGCUCUAUUGCCUCCUGAGAGCAGCGUCACACACAAACAGAACACAAGUGAAUCGUCUUUCUCUCAUCCUUUGGUUGCCAAGAAAAGCCCCUCCCUGCUACAUCGCCACAGAGGCGGGUCUCAAUCAUACGUGACUGUGAAGGGUUUACUGCCUUUUUUAAUGACACAGUGAAGGAACCAGGACUUCCGUCUGGCUGCACAGAGCCAAUGUGUCAGGACUCCAUGGCCCGGAGAGAAGCAUAUCAGAGAUUUAGUGAGGGGUCUUUUUUUGUGAGAAAACAACUGGGUUUCACACUUUUAACUUUGUUCAUUAGUAAAUUAUGUUAAUUACUUUAAAAUACUGUUUGUAUUCUCUGUGCUCAUCUAUGACCUGCUUCAUACCGGAACAUAAUUAUUUAAUUUAUGCAGAUUAUGGCUUCACUUAACUAAAAUAUUUAAGUAUAUAAUGAUCUCUUGUUAUGAACAUAAGUUAAGUUUAACUUCAGACAAGCUAUUCCGGCAUCGCUGAAUGGUAUUAACAGCACACAGAACAGCUCAGUCCAGCGAACUGUUAUUUGGAUUAAUAUUGAAAAGGAAGCAUGAUGAAUUUCUGAUUGUGGUUUUCUCUUUUUUUUUUUUUUUUUUUUUUUUUACACAAGAUUCCCAAGAUGUUUCAAAUGUAAGGCAUUCUUGAAAUGUAAAAUAAACUAAGUUUGAGAUAUUGGUCUAAGUAAUAUUAAUGUUUGAUUAGAAUGGCAUUUUUUGAAUUCUACUUCCUGGAAUUAACUACACAUUUUCUCACAUUUUUAUGACACCGAAAUGUCUUGGACAGAAACAUUGUUGAUGCUACUGAUCAAUGACUUUGCUUGAAUACAGGAACUUUGUGAAAUUGACCACUGGCUCUUUUCCUGUUCAGAUUUCGUUCAAGUGAUGUAGUUGACUGACUUUUUUUCUUUUUUUUUCUCUCUUGAGUGACUUGGGGUUUGCUGAUGUAUGUAGCACCUUUUGUAUUGUGAUUUCAUGUUUUGUUUGUGAUCAUUUCUGUUGAAUGAAUUAUGGAAAAAUGUCACCAUGCCUUUUGUUCAAACCGACCCUGCUUAAAUCCAACCUCAUAAUUCCCCAUCUCAUUAUUACACUUGGAAAUAUCAUUGUUAUAAUAACAAAAAACAGAUAGGAAACCAAUGCCUGCAUGUGUGAUUGAGUGAAGAAAAAGGUGGCUUCUUUGAUAAUAAAAAAAGUUGCUUAAAGUGUAUCUGACCAGUUAAGGGGGUUAUUACACGUCAUUGUGCCUCAUGUAUUUGUCACGUUGAGCUGGUGCGCUUCAGGGUUUUUUUUGUCCAUCACUGAUUGUUUUGUGCUGAUGAAUUUGCACGAUGUCAAGACUGUAAUUAACUUUAUAAUUCCAGUUUGCAUGUUCAUCAUCCGAUUGUGCACAUUCUGUUUUUAUGUGUCCCAUAAUUAAAGAGAACUCUAAGA